AUGGCGUCGAGUCUGGUGGGCGCGACAUUGAACAUUCUUCGCCGGCAGGUCGAAGACGUCGAUCCAGAUGCAGAACCCGCCGAAGCAGGACAGAAAGAGAUCUUCUCGUCAUGGGCACUCUUCAUCCUGAUCAUGCUGCUCAUUGCGGCGCUCUUUACGAGUUACAUCCUCCAACAGAAAAGAAUCCAGGCUGUUCAUGAGACGGUCAUUUCCAUAUUUGCCGGCAUGAUUGUCGGGCUGGUGAUACGUGUCACACCAGGAACCGCGAUCCAGGACACGGUCAGCUUCGACUAUCAAUUCUUCUUCAAUCUUCUCUUACCACCGAUCAUCCUGAAUUCGGGUUACGAACUGCACCAGGCCAACUUCUUUCGAAACAUCGGAACCAUUCUCACGUUCGCGUUCGCUGGGACCUUCAUCUCCGCCGUCUCGUUGGGGCUGAUUCUAUGGUUGUGGACACGAAUCCCCUUUGACGGCUUCUCCAUCACCUGGGUCGAGGCCAUUUCGGUCGGCGCAACCCUCUCCGCCACCGAUCCGGUCACGAUCCUCGCCAUCUUCAAUCUCUACAAGGUCGAGCCGAAACUGUACACCGUCAUCUUUGGCGAGUCCAUCUUGAACGACGCCAUUGCCAUCGUCCUGUUCGAGACCGCUCAACGAUACCGCGAAGGAGCAUCGGGCAAUCUGAACAUCAUCAGUCUCUUUGAAGCCAUCGGGAUUUUCUUGCUGGUGUUCUUCACCAGUCUCAUGAUCGGUGUCGUCGUGGGUGUCGGCACCGCGCUCGCCCUCAAGUACACACUCGUGCGCAGAUUUCCCAAGAUUGAGAGUUGCCUGGUCUUCUUGAUCGCAUAUGCAACCUAUUUCUUCUCCAAUGGCGUGCACAUGUCAGGCAUCGUGUCGCUCUUGUUCUGCGGUAUCACCCUCGAACACUAUGCCUACUACAACAUGUCGAGACGGACACAGCUCACCACCAAAUUCGUCUUCCAAAUCCUCGCUCAGCUGUCCGAAAACUUCAUCUUCAUCUACCUGGGCCUCACUCUGUUCACCGAGACCGAUUUGGUCUUCAAGCCACUGUUCAUUCUGGUCACCGUGGUUGGGAUCUGCGCCGCGCGCUGGUUGGCAGUCUUCCCACUCUCCAAAGCCAUCAACUACAUUAUCAGACUUCGAGCCAAACGCAGGGGCCAUGAAGUCGCCGAAGAACUCCCCUGGCAUUAUCAAGCCAUGUUGUUCUGGGCAGGUCUACGUGGUGCGGUCGGAGUCGCGCUGGCUGCCGGUCUUCAAGGGAACGAAGGACCCGCAUUGCGCGCCACCGUGCUGGUCGUUGUGGUGUUGACUGUCAUCAUCUUCGGUGGCACCACCGCACGCAUGUUGGAGAUUCUAGGCAUUCGCACCGGGGUAGUUGAGGAAAUCGACUCGGACGACGAGUUCGACAUUGAAACCGCCAACGGCGGCACAUACUACAAGCGCUCGGGGACCGGCUUUGGCCACAAUCCCCGACCGUCCAUCGGGUUGGAUUACGUGGGCAACAGUCGCCCCGGGGCCGUCAACGGGUCGGCUGCCCGCCCACACACCGACCGCGGCUACAGCAGCAGCAACGGGCGGUCGCCGCCACUGGGUCGCGUCAAGGGCGCAAACCAUCGCCGACAUUCGACGCUCAGCCAGCGCGAGCGCGACCGCGACGCCGCCGCCCAGCACGGCAACCUCCUGUCCGGGAGCGGGUCGGCCAGCGACGACGAAGACGCCGCGGCGGCCGACCUCGAUCUCCCGCCCGCUGCGCCACGGCGCAAACCCUCGCCCCUGGCACCGGUGCCGGCGGCAAAGGACAACACAUCGAACCCGUACGAAUCGCGGACCUGGUCCACUCCGGACAUCAUCUUCAGCACCGAGAGCCACGACGACUCUGGCGACAUGGGCAACCCCGGGGCAGGGGGAGGAAUGGAAGGAGCUGGAGCUGGAGCUGGAACCGGCACACCUGGACCUGUUGCAGCCGCAGCUGGACUAGCCGCGACGACCGGCCCCAGUAGCAGUAUUCGGAAUCUCCUCCGCGGAGCCACCGCCGAUCAUACAGCCUGGUUCCGCCAGCUGGAUGAGGACUACAUCAAGCCGCAUCUUCUGCUCGACCAGCAUCAAGGUCAUGGGAAGGGUCCGCCGCCUGUCUAA